AUGGAAAAUGACAAGUUCAGAAUAAAGGUGCCUACCGAUGGGAUAUCAAAACUGACUUCCUGCAACAGCUUGCUGUGUUUUCAUACGGUGUUUCCUUUGCUUAUGGUGAACCCAAUCACCAGAGAAAUACUAGAGCUUCCGAAACCUUGGAUUGAAGAAGAAGAUGAGGAGGCAAGCGCAUGUGUAUUUGGUUUCGAUGCAAAAAUGAAUGUAUACAAAGUGGUUCAAUUGAAACUGUGUUUUUCCAACUCUUCAUUGGAAUGUGAGGUCUUAGAGUUAGGUACAACCAUGUCAUGGAGAAAAAUCCAACACCAACCCAGCUUUCCUUGCCCAGAUUUAGGGGACCCCGAUGAGCAUCCGGAACUAGUGUUUGUUGAAGGAUCUAUAUAUUGGCUCGCAUCCGAAAACAUUUUGUGUUUCGAUGUUGCAGCUGAGAGGUUAAAAUUGAUUCCUGAACCUGAUCAUCAAAAGGCACAGUGUUGCGGCAACUACAAUACGUUCUUGGUAGAACUUGAUAAGAGUCUUUGUCUUAUGACGCAUGGUAUCUCUUCUGGAAUGGUAGGUAUAUGGAAGAUGCAAAAGGACUCUGUCAACGAAGAAACUACCUGGAUCAAAAGCUACAGUUUUAGUGCAAGGCGUAUGAUACACAACGCCAUAAAUCCUUAUGGCGUUGAAAACAUCCAUAUUAAAUCCUUAUGCAUGCGAGGUAAGAAGAUUUAUUUGAAAUACAAUGAAGGAUUGGCUUGUUAUGAUACACAACGCCAAAAAUUGAUUGCUCCGGUUUUCAGUAGAGUAGCUGAUAAUAAUAAUUUAGGUGCUGUAGCCUACACAAAGAGCAUUGUUCGACUCCAGGAUAUAGUCGGGUCUUCUACUCUGCGCUUAUGCACCGUUUAG